AUGCUCGCCGGGCCGCCGCGGCUCGUGUCGCUGGUCUCUAUCCUGCUCCUCCUGGUCGUGGCAUGGUGCUACGUCAAAUUUGCCCAGGCGCCCUCCGUUCCCGGCUUCGGAUCAGGCGCUCCGCAGUCGAAAACGUCGUCGUAUGUUGGCGAUCCGCUCGAUUUCGGCAUCCCCAUACGGUUCCGGGAUGGCGAGACGAAGCCGAAAGGCUCCAAUUACACCUGGGCCGUCGUAAUACCGAAGACGAAGAAAGAGGACAUAUCAUGGAUGCAGAGAGAGCUCCCAGACAUGCCCCUGGUGGUGUAUGAGGUGGACAACCCGAAUGCGAAGUACAAAGUGCCCAAGAACAAAGGACGGGAAGCAAUGGUAUGGCAGCCUAGCCACGGCAACAUGCUUCAUGUCUACCUCACGUACAUGAUUGACCACUAUGACGACCUCCCCGAUACCGUCAUCUUCAUGCACGCCCACCGACACGCUUGGCACAACAACCUGCUCAUGGGCCAGGACGCCGCAAUGAUGCUCAAGCGCCUGAACCACGAGCGCGUAGCUCGAUUGGGGUACAUGAAUGUUCGCUGUCACCACGAGCCCGGCUGCCCCGACUGGAUACAUAUGGACCGUCCCGGCGGCGACUUCGACUUCUACCACAAGCCUGAGGAGAUACACUGGCGGCGGCAUAUCUGGGAGGAGGUAAACCCGGGUGCGCCCAUACCGCCGACACUAUCAGGCGUAUGCUGCGCUCAGUUUGCGGUCAGCAGGGAAAGGAUACAGCAGGUCCCGAUUGAGAGACUCCUCCACUACCGACGAUGGCUGAUGAACACGCCCAUGGACGAUCAGUACUCUGGCCGAGUCUUCGAAUAUAUAUGGCACUACAUAUUCACUGGUCACGAGGUGUACUGUCCCGCACAGAACACGUGCUACUGCGAUGGGUACGGCAUCUGUUUUGGAGGCCGCCAAAAGUACGAGGACUACUGGGACAAGCAGAAAGAGCGGGACAAGCAGUUUACUGAGCUAGAUGUCUAUAAUAAGAGGGCAGACAAGGCGAAAGAGGAAGGCCAAGCGAUAGAGUUCAACGUGACGGAGCAGGCAAGGAUGGAAGAGCUGAUAAAAAGUAUAAAUGAGAUAGAUGGCUGGCUAGGUCAACAGAGAUCGGAGGCUUUUAAAAGAGGAGAGGACCCCAAGGCGAGGAAGGAGGAGACGGAAUCUUGGGACUCCAGUCAUAUCUGGGAUUACGCGCCAAAAAGCGGAGGCUAA